AUGAGUGGAUCAAGAGCUAAACAUAAUUUUGCCAAAGAAUGUGAAGAUGCUAUCAAUAAACAAAUCAAUGUGGAAUUGCAAGCUGCUUAUGAUUAUAUGGCAUUCUUCACUUAUUUCGAUCGAGAUGAUGUAUCAUUUCCGAAAGCAGCUGAAUUCUUUCGAAAAGCUUCACAUGAAGAACGUGAACAUGCAGAGAAAUUGGCCAAGUAUCAGAACAAACGUGGUGGUCGUGUUCAAUACAGUGACAUCAAGUGUCCAACUAAGACAGAAUUCAGUGGUUUGGAGGAUGCUAUGAAUACCGCCCUUGGAAUGGAAAAAGCAGUUAGUAAUUCAUUAUUAGAACUCCAUGAAGUAGCUUCAAGGAACAAUGAUCCAGGAUUAACAGAUUUUAUUGAAAGUGAAUUUCUUCAUGAACAAGAAGAUGCAAUUAAACAAUUUGCUGAUUAUUUAACAGAAACACAACGAGUUGGUAAAGGACUUGGAGAAUAUCUAUUCGAUAAAUUAACAUUAAAUGAAUAG